AUGUCGACGCGCAGUAAGCUUGGCACGCGCAAUAGCGUGAUCCUGGACAUCCCCGCUGCCUUGGCCACGUCCUACGGCAGCCAUGACAGCGCGGACGUGAACUUCUCCGAAUACUACUACGCGCUAGUGUUCCCCAACACGCCGCACGAUCUGGCCGACGUCGCCGGCGAGCGCAUUUCGUUUGCCGACGCGAAAACGAUCAUUCGCGACGUCACGUGUGGCGGCGAAGCCAACAAGGCGCACGCCGUCAACGAAUUCAUCCAAGCGUGGGUUGACAAGUUCCGUUCUGUACCUCCCAUCGACGUCGACACGAUCCCGGUCGGGUACUUCCGCGAGUUGAUGCGCAACAUCGUGAUCCAACGACUCGAGUCCCUCCCGGGUAUCUCUUUGGUGACCUUUACCUCUGCGUCCACGAUCGACAGGUCGGCACAACUACAACCUGGCGACGAUACCACAGAUGCCAAAUACAUUUACUGCCUCCUGCGAGUCAGCCGCGAGCUCUUAUAUCGACAAGCCGACCAAAGCAACAUCCUUGUGCCGAUCUGGCCCGAAAUCGACCCGGGGAGCGAGUACUGGGACCUGCACGGUCCCGAGUCCGUCUGGACCAUCGACGAAGCUGAACGAGAGCUCAAUCGCAUGUUCCUGCAAGGAGAGAUCCAAGCCGACGAGGCCCAACUCUUUCCCAACGAGUCGCCUGCGAUGGUAUCGAGGCGUAUCCACGCCAUACAGCGCAUCGCGGACCGGACGAUUCAAACGUGCUAUCGGCCGUCGCCGCACAUGUACUUUGCCUUUCGGAACGAUCCGGCGUUCCAGUAUUUGUACCGCCACGUCGAAAGCUGCCAAGCGAGCAUGCCAUUUCGCAUCGUCGACAAAAUCCGAGUCACAAAGGACCUGUUGGACAGUGAAUUCAACUGUGACCUGCUUCGGAAGCACAACUUUCUCGUGCACCACAUGUGCGUGCACACGCGGGACCCGUCCGACGAAGAUGAGGUGACUCUGGAUAUGCUGUGCGAGCAGUGGGGUAGCUUCACAGCGUACUGGUACGCGUGGGGUCACGGCCGGUGCCGCCAUGCCCUCGAGGUGUUGUAUUAUCAACCCAUCGACCUCAUUCGGCACUACUUUGGCGAGCAGCUGGCACUGUACUUCGCCUUUCUCUCGUUCUAUGCGGCCAACCUGGUGCCGUUGGUCGCGUUGGGGCUAGCGGCACCGCUGAUGAAGUUUGUGUUGCACGGCGCGCACCUUGUCUACUACAACACAGCCCUCGCCGUCUUAAACUGUUUGUACGCGACCCGAUUGCUGCGAAAGUGGAAUGUCCAGGAGAAGUGGUAUGCCUGCAUCUGGGGCAUGGAAGACGUCGCGUUCGACAACUCGGUUCGCGCCGAGUAUGUCGGUGCGAUUCGCAUCAGCCCGGUCCACAACCUCCCCGAAAUCCACGCGCCAGCGUCGACGCAAGGCUUGCGGCGCGUGCAGAGCUCGGUGCUGCUGUGGACGGCGAUUGCCGCCGACGGAGCACUGAUCUAUGGGGUAUUUGCCCUCCAAGCGUACGUGGAAGCCCAGCUCACGAGCCACUCGUUGGUCGUGUACUCGUACAUUGCGAUUGCCGUUAUCAUCAAUCUGUCGCAAGGUCCCUUCCACGCGGUCAGUUCAGACUUGUGCCAGCAACACAACUCGAGGAAUCACCCGUUGCGGCAGGUGGUUGUGUUCCUGAACGACUGGGAAAACCAUCGCACCAACAACCAGUACGACGUGGCCCUCACCGUCAAGUUCACGACAUUUCAAACGCUCAACUACUUUGGGCCGAUCCUGUUUUCCAUGUUCUGUAAGCCAUACGUGUUUGGGUGCAACAAGACCAAGCUGCCAGCGCUGGAUGUCGCCGCGUGCGCGAGCGAGACGGCCAACCUCCUUCUCGUCGUCCUUCUCUUCAACCUCGUUCUGUCCGUGCGGGACAUCUCUGGUCCGUUGAUCGACUCGAUCGCGCACGCGUAUCGCUCGCGGCAUCCAUACGCGACGCACCUUCAACCCGCCUACGUACAACCCACGCUGGACGGCGAGAUGGAACUGGAACCGUACGACGGGGUCCUCGCAGACUAUGCGCAAAUUGCCAUCACGUUUGGCUUCGUGGCGUGGUUUGCCGCCGCGUCGCCUCAAGCGGCCAUCAUUGCGUUUGCCAUCACGUUGGUCCAGAUCCGCGUCGACGCGUACAAGUUGUGUUUUUGGAUGCAGCGACCGUAUCCUGUCGCCACCGCCUCGAUUGGCGGGUGGACGACGUACUUUCAAAUGAUUUGCUUGGGCGGCGUCGUUGUAAAUGCGGCGACGGUCGUGCUGGCAGAGAUGCUGACCGACCAAGCGCACAUGACGUGGGAUGCGAUUCCAACCAACAACUGGCUCGGUCAUUUGUUCUCUGUGACGAUCUUCAUGGCGGUGCUGUACGCGCUCGCGUUGUUGAUGACAGUGCACGACGCCGACGACCGCGCCAAGCUCCACCACAUCAAGAGUUUGGUCAAGCGGCAGGAGUACCUCCGCAACGUGUAUUUGUAUCAACUCACGCAUGCAAAGACUUGCGCCGCGAGCUGCGAACGGCCGCGCGGCGACAUUUACUUGAACGGGGUGUAUAGGUACAUUAUCAGCGGCGACGUGGACGACGGGGACCAAGUGGACGAGCUGCGGGAGGAGCUGCACAUGUUGGAGCGCGCGAUUCGCGUGGAGCAUCCCGAUGAGUCCGACACGAUCGGCACGUUGCAUGUCGUGGUGGUCGGCGCCAAUAUCUUGCCCGUCAUGGAUCGGUCGACGAAAGCGCUGGACGGGUUCGUCAAGGUCAAGGUCAAGCUCGGUGACAAGGUGUUUCCAUCCAAGCACAAAACCCACGUGAAGCGGAAGACUCGAAGUCCCGUGUGGAAUGCCGCGUUCGAAUUUAAGCUUGUCAGCUUGGCCACGUUGCUGCAUUUGGAAGUGUUGGACUGGAACAUGGUCGGGAAAAGCGAGCACGUUGGCCUGGCGCUGAUGCCGGUCUCAUGUGUCUUGCCGACGGCGACCGAUUUUGACGACGCUGCGAUCGAGGGCGCAUGCGAUAUGGUGGCGGUGGAUAUCCCCCUUGAACUCGGCGAAGGGCUUUUGGAAUCCAUGGCCAAGGACAUCCCCAAGUUCGGCCGCCCUGUCAUCAACGUUAGCAUGGGAGUCAAGUUGAAUGCGCAAGGAUGCCUCCACCUGCGCCAUCAUAACCGCAAGCUGCGGGUCCAAGAAAUCCUCAAGGAAAUGCAGACGUAUUUGGUGUGGAAGAGCGACGACUAGCCCGUGCACGACACUUGCGGACGCUUCCCGAUCACAUGAACAAUAAAUAAAAGGUGUUAGCUACGCCGCGUCGACUUCUCGACGAUGGGCUACGGGUUCGCGUAGAUGGUGGAAAUCAUCGUGGUGGGCAAGGUCGUCAUGGCGCACCCGUCGCCGGUGUCGGUCGGUUCGAGGGGUAGCCGCCGCUGCAAGUACAACAAACAGAGCACGGGAAAGACCGUCGGAACCAAAUUGGACCAUACUUCGUAUGGAAGCAGCGGCAUGUCGGCGAACCCGGCGACGCCAAACACGGCCAAGAGGUUGAACGUGAGUCGAACCCACGUCGUCAGCGUGAUCACGCUAACGGACAGCACCAGCUUAACCAUCGAACGCUGGACAUUCUCCUGCGACACAAAUCGUUGCGACUCGAGCAACCGCGACCGGAUCUUUAGCCCUUGGGCCAUGAGCAAGAAAGUCGUCGCAAGAAAGAUCAAGCUCCCAACAACGACCAAACUCGCGCACAGCGCGCUCCUGUAAAACGCGUCCUCGCCCGCCGUCGUGUCAGGAAAAGACACGAUGCUAAAGCAUGUGACCGCUGCCCAUGCCAACACCCCAACGUUCGCCACGAUCACGAUAGUGCGAAGAGGACCGUGGUCUGCCGGCAGGCGGCCGAUGGUUCUCCCCGUCGAGGCGACUGCGGACCAUUCAACGCAAACGUACGACAGCGCCAUGUUGAGCAGCAGCAUACCACACAGUGACGUAAUGAAGGCCAUGAUCCACAUCUCGGUCGUCGGUGCGCAUAUGUACACUAUGGGCUUUGGCAUGCUGAAGAGGACUACCAUGAGAAGGACAACAUGGAAAACAACCCGCGGGGUGCCGCUGCUGUGACGGAUGUGCAGGUAGAGGCGUGAAGCUGUCGCAAGGGCGAGGAUCAAGUACAGCACCAGGCAAAGAAUGCCCGUAAUCUGGAAGUCCGUCACGGACGUCGCCACCAUCCCCGACCAAAAGUGCCACCCCGCCACGA